AUGUCCGGCCGAGCCCCAUUCGCCUUCACUAUGAGGGGAAUCAUACUGGCACUAGCGCUCGCCCUUGUAGGUAGCCAGAAGCUUGACAUCGACCCCGGAUUCAGUAGCAAGAGGAGCCACUUGUACAGCUAUGAAGGCUGGGUGUUGAAUGGCCUUCAAGAAAAGAGUUUAGCCAAAGCUGGUGUGCGCUUGAGCAGCAAAGUAGAGAUCAGUGGGCUGUCAGACAACGUUUAUGUCCUCAAGAUCCGCUCUCCACAAGUCGAGGAAUACAAUGGCAUUUGGCCCCGGGACCCGUUUACCCGAUCUUCCAAAAUCACCCAGAUGGUUUCUUCGUGUUUUAGCCGUCCCUUCAAGUUUGAAUACAGUAGUGGACGGGUUGGAAACAUCUAUGGCCCAGAAGACUGCCCUGAGAUGUGCGUUAACAUAGUGAGAGGGAUCCUGAACAUGGUGCAGAUCACCAUUAAGAAGGCACAGAAUGUGUAUGAAUUGCAAGAGGCGGGAAUUGGAGGUGUUUGUCAUACAAGGUACAUCAUCCAGGAAGACAGGAAGAACAGCCGAGUCUCUGUUACCAAAACUGUAGACCAGAAUAAUUGCCAGGAAAAGGUGAAGAAGAGUGUUGGAAUGGCAUACAUCUAUCCUUGUCCCGUUGACAUGAUGAAAGAAAGGCUCAUAAAAGGAACCGCAGCUUUCUCCUACAAACUGAAGCAAUCCGACAGUGGUACCCUGAUCACCGAAGUGGUGUCGCAGCAGGUCUAUCAGAUCUCACCUUUCAGUGAGCCUACUGGUGUUGCCAUCAUGGAAGCAAGGCAACAACUCGCAUUGCUGGAAGUGCGAAGCGAACGGGGGAGCGUCCCGGACAUCUCCAUGCAGAGCUACGGAAGCCUUCGUUACCAGUUCCCGUUGGUAUCGUCACAGAUGCCACUGCAGCUCAUCAAGAUGAAAAAUCCUGAGCAACGGAUAGUAGAAACCCUGCAACACAUCAUCCUGAACAACCAACAAGAUUUCCACGAUGACGUUCCAUACAGAUUCGUGGAGCUUGUCCAGCUCUGCCGGAUAGCGAGUGCCGAUACCCUUGAGUCCAUCUGGAGGCAAUUUUCAGAUAAACCCCGCUACAGGCGAUGGCUGCUGAGUGCAGUUUCAGCAGCUGGCACUACAGAAGCACUGAAAUUCAUUAAGACCAGAAUUCGCAACGAUGACCUUAACUAUAUUCAGACUCUUCUAAGUGUUUCUUUUGCUCUCCAUUUAAUGAAAGCUGAUGAACACGCUGUUCCAAUAGCAGCGGAAUUAAUGGCCAGUGCUCGUAUACAGAAAAAUCCCAUGCUUCAUCAAGCUGCCUGCUUGGGAUACAGUUCUGUGGUCAAUAGAUACUGUUCUCAGACCUCAGCUUGUCCUAAAGAAGCUCUUCAGCCCAUCCACGACCUGGCAGAUGAAGCUGUCAGCAGGGGCCGUGAAGACAAAAUGAAGUUAGCCCUGAAGUGCAUUGGUAACAUAGGAGAACCAGCCAGCAUCAAGCGCAUCCUGAAGUUCCUCCCCAUCGCUUCACCCAGUGCUUCUGAUAUCCCCAUCCACAUUCAGAUCGAUGCCAUAAUGGCCUUGAGAAAAAUAGCCUGGAAGGACCCCAAAACAGUGCAGGGAUAUCUCAUCCAGAUCCUUGCAGAGCAGUCGCUUCCCUCCGAAGUGCGAAUGAUGGCUUGUGCCGUUAUCUUUGAGACAAGGCCUGCCCUUCCUUUAAUAACGACCAUAGCUAACGUGGUGAUGAAGGAGAGCAAUUUGCAGGUGGCCAGUUUUGUUUAUUCCCACAUGAAGGCUUUGGCAAAAAGCAGGUUGCCGUUCACAUACAACAUCUCUUCAGCUUGCAAUAUUGCCCUGAAGCUGCUGGCCCCCAAACUGGACCGGUUGAGCUAUCGGUACAGCAAGGUCAUGCGUGUUGCUGGUUACUUUGAUAACUACAAAGUUGGUGCUGCUGGAGAUGUCUUUGUUAUGAACAGCCCAGGAACGAUGUUCCCGUCAGCAAUCAUUUCCAAGCUGAUGGCAUAUUCUGCAGGGGCAGUGGCUGAUUUGGUGGAGGUUGGUGUCCGCGUGGAAGGCCUCACUGAUGUCAUCAUGAAACGAAAUAUCCCAUUUGCCGAAUAUCCCACGUACAAAAAGAUCAAGGAGAUUGGAAAAGCUCUGCUGGGAUGGAAGGAGCUGCCAACAGAAACCCCCUUGGCAUCAGCCUACGUGAAAUUAUUUGGCCAAGAGCUGGCCUACGCCAACAUCAAUAAGGAAGUCCUGCAUCAGGCUAUGAAGGCUGUGCUGGAACCUGCUGACAAGAACACAGUGAAGAAAAUCGCCAGUCAAAUCCGCAACGGCAUUGCAGGACAAUGGACCCAGCCGGUGUGGCUGGGAGAGCUGCGAUACAUCGUUCCUACCUCCACGGGUUUGCCGCUGGAGUAUGGGUCGUACACGACUGCUGUGGCACGCGCAGCAGUCAAUGUUGAUGGAAAGAUGACUCCUCCUAUAACUGCAGAAUUUAGACCUUCACAGUUGCUUGAAUCCACCAUGCAGGUUCGGGCUGACAUAACCCCGAGCUUGUACAUGCACACAGUCGCAACGAUGGGUAUCAACACUGAAUACUUUCAGCACGCUGUUGAAAUUCAAGGCAAGGUCCUGACCAGAGUGCCGAUGAAGUUUGAUGCCAAGAUAGACAUGAAGGAGAAAAAUAUCAAGAUCGAAACAAAUCCAUGUCGUGAGGAAACUGAGAUAGUGGUUGGAAGGCAUAAGGCUUUUGCAGUAUCAAGAAAUAUAGGAGAACUAGGUAUUGAAAAGAGAACCUCGAUUCUCCCAGAAGAUGCUUCAUCAAAUAUUGUGGAAGAACCUUUCAAACCAUCAGAGAGAUCUUCCAGUGAAGGUUUUGCAAAGCAAGGAGCUGACGAAGCACCAAGCAAAGAUGCUCAUAGCUCUCAAGAGGAUCUUCACCACGGCACAGGAACAAAAACUCACGAACGAGACAUUUGCAUCAAACUGCAUCAUCUCCAUUGUCAGCUCUGCUUUUCCAGAAGGACACGAGAUGCCAGUUUCCUAAAAAAUACUUAUUUGCACAGAUUAAUUGGAGAACAUGAAGCUAAAAUAGUCUUGAUGCCAGUUCAAACAGAUGCUGAAGUGGACAAAAUUGAGCUGGAAAUUCAGGCAGGAUCCAAAGCGGCUUCCAAAAUAAUUCGUGUGGUGAACUCGGAGUCUGAGGAAGAGGGUGAGUCCUCUCCAUAUGAGGACAUUCAAGCUAAACUGAAGAAGAUCCUGGGCAUUGAAAAUGUGUUCAAGGUUGCAAAUAAAACGCGACACCAGAAGAAGCAACCUUCUAAGAAAGGAACCACUAAGCUAGCGGAGCUCGGGGCAGAGCCCAACGCAAACAAACUCUCCAGCUCAUCUUCUGCCUCCUCUGCUUCCUCAUCGUCAUCUGCUGCUUCUCCUGAUCCUAAACAGGCUGUGGAUGGAGAUGAGAGGGGUCAAGAAAAGCAAGCGGGAAAAAAAGAUGUGAGCAGCAGCAGCAGUAGCAGCAGCAGCAAGAGUAGUAGCAGAAGUAGCAGCAGCAGCAGCAAAGGCAGCAGCAGAAGCAGCAGUAGCAGCAGCAGCAGCAGCAGCAGAAGCAGCAGCAGCAGUAGCAGAAGUAGCAGCAGCAGUAGCAGAAGUAGCAGCAGCAGCAGCAGAAGCAGCAGAAGUAGCAGCAGCAGCAGCAGAAGCAGCAGAAGUAGCAGCAGCAGCAGAAGUAGCAGCAGCAGUAGCAGAAGUAGCAGCAACAGCAGCAGCAAAGGCAGCAGUAGUAGGAGCAGUAGCAGCAGCAGCAGGAAGUCAUCGCAUCACCAUAGCCAUGGGCAUCACUCAAGCCACCUGAAUGACAGCAGUAGCAGCAGCAGCAGCAAGUCAUCAGGUCACCAUAGCCACAGGCAUCAUUCAAGACAUCUGGAAGGUGACAGCAGCAGCAGCAGCAGCAGCAGCGCGUAUUCCAAAAUAUGGGAUGAACAUGAGAUUUAUCAGUAUCGCUUUAGAUCAGCGCAUAGACAAGAGUUCCCAAGAAGGAAAGCACCAGCUGACCAACUUACGGGCACAUCCUCCUCUACCAGAUCCAGUCAUGCCUCCUCUCAAGCUGCUUCCCGGCUUAAGUUUUUGGGAGAUGUUAAACCACCAGUAUUGGCUGCUUUUCUUCACGGCAUUCGUAAUGAUAAGAAGAUAGGAGGCCUCCAGCUCGUGGUGUAUGCUGAUAUCGAUUCCAUCAAGCCCCGGGUGCAAGUAUUUGUGUCAAACCUCACAGAUUCAAGCAAGUGGAAGCUCUGUGCUGAUGCUUCAGUCCUCAAUGCUCACAAGGCAGCGGCUUACCUGAAAUGGGGCCGGAAUUGCCAGGACUACAAGAUUUCGAGCGAGCUGGUGACCGGGCGGUUUGCUGGCCACCCUGCCGUACAAGUGAAACUGGAGUGGCCUAAACUUCCUUCGCAUGUCAGAUCCAUAGUAGACUGGUUUUACAAGUUAGUCCCUGGGGCUGCGUUUAUGCUGGGGUUCUCCGAAAAAACAGACAAGAACCCUUCUCAACAAGCCAAGGUGAUAGUGGCUCUAACUUCUCCAAGGACAUGUGAUGUUGUUAUCAAGCUUCCUGAUAUGAUCCUCUAUGAAAAAGCCAUGAGGCUUCCAGUGUCCCUCCCUGUAGGUCCGAGGAUUCCGGCUUCAGAGCUGCAGCCUCCCAUCUGGAACGUCUUUGCUGAAGCCCCCUCUGCGGUGCUUGAGAACCUGAAAGCUUCCUGCUCAGUUUCCCACGACAGGAUCACAACCUUUAAUGAAGUUAAGUUUAACUACACGAUGCCGGCAAACUGCUACCACAUCUUAGCUCAGGAUUGCAGCCCUGAGCUGAAGUUCCUGGUGAUGAUGCGUAGUGCUGAUGAAGCUACGGACCUGAAAGCAAUCAACAUCAAACUGGGCAGGCAUGAAAUCGAUAUGCACCCUGCAAACGGACAGGUGAAGCUGCUCGUAGAUGGGGCUGAAAGUCCCUCGACGAACGUUUCGUACAUGUCUGAUGGUGCUGCUCUGUGGAUCCACAGUGAAAAGCAAGGGCUUGUACUUGUUGCUCCAGCCUACGGCAUUGACAAAUUGUACUUUGAUGGAUACACGUUCAGGAUUCAAGUCGCUUUAUGGAUGUCAGGGAAAACGUGUGGAAUAUGCGGAAAAUAUGAUGCAGAAUGUGAACAGGAAUAUCGGAUGCCCAACGGAUACCUGGCUAAAGAUUCAAGGAGCUUUGGGCAUUCUUGGCUUUUGGAAGAAAAGCCUUGUAGAGGAGCUUGCAAACUGCGGCGCUCGUUUGUGAAGCUUGAGAAGACAGUGCAGCUCGCAGGCGUAGAGUCCAAGUGCUAUUCUACGGAGCCCGUGCUGCGCUGUAUGAAAGGAUGCUCCGCCACCAAGACUACUCCAGUCACUGUUGGUUUCCACUGCCUCCCAGCGGACUCAGCUACCAGCCUGACCGACAAACAGACAAAGUUCGACCAGAAGUCAGAGGACAUGCAGGACACUGUUGAUGCACACAUAGCAUGUUCCUGUGAGAACGAAGACUGCAGUGCAUGAAGCUGUACAUUGCAGGAGAAAACAGAAACACUUUAAUGUUUUUAUUGUGUGGUGUAAGAAAACUCAUCCUAAGGAAUAAUAGACAUGCUAAAUUAAGUG